UAUUUUAAGUUUUUUUUUAUUUGGAUGAAAUAAUUAUUUUGGUUUAUUAAAAACUGAAGAAACUCAGGAUUAAAUUUAGUCGUAGAGGGCAAAAAUUAGGUGUCAAUAGUAGCAUUGAUGGUUGUGACUUACAAAGUUGUUUGUGGCAUGUUUUUCUCUGCUGAUGACUUUGUUCCCAUCAAAAGACAAUCUCUUCACCUCGACGACAUAACGGAAGAAGAACUUAGAGCUUAUUAUGGCUCUGACUCAGAAAAACCGUUGUUGAUGGCUAUCAAAGGAAAGAUCUACGAUGUCUCUACCUUCAAGAUGUUCUAUGGUCCUGGUGGUUCAUAUGCAAUGUUUGCUGGAAGAGAUGUAAGCAGAGCCUUAGCUCAGUUAUCAUUCAAACCUGAAGAUUUUAAUGGGAGCCUUGAAUGCCUUAAUAAUGCUGAACUUGAAAUUCUGCAAGACUGGGAAUAUAAAUUUAUGGACAAGUAUGCCCGGGUGGGACAGCUUGUUCCAAAGAAAACAUCAACUGAGAAUAAAGCAGAAGAAGAAAGUGUUUGGGAUAGGACAAGUGCUGAAGGCAUCAAAAGCAAAUAUGCUACAGGAGAGUAGAAUUGCUGAAGAACAUGGAGUACAAAAAGACAGCCACCUAUGACUGCAGAUUCUUGUUCAUGUGUUUGGUAAAUAAGUGUUGUUAAAGUACUUUUUUUGGUCAAAAUUUCUGAAAUAUUCUUAAAGCUCUUAAUAAUAUGUAGA